GAGUCGCCACCGAACGUUGCAACUGUUAUUGCCAUGGAACUGGAAUGCGAUUUGGGUGCCAUACAAAACGAGGAGUUGCUGAGGAAAAUGUGGCAGCAAUCGGAGGACAGCGAACGUAAACGGCAAAUCCGUACGCAUCUCUAUAAGCUACGCGAAUCGCGUCUGAGGAAUCUCUAUAGGCACGAACCGGAUAGCAUAGCAUUCGCAAUGUCUGAACCGAAUGGCAAUACUCUGUCCGGCUUUGGCAAGGAUCCGCUGGCCACCAGCCAUGGUGAUGCGCUGCUGGACCAGAAUUUCCAGAGCCUCAAGUCCAAGGAGGUGCGUGAUUCGAUGAGUCCCACGCACGAGCUCAAGUUCCAUUCGAUGAGCCUCACCCAGCCGAAUAGCACCGGCUGGGAUGUGCAGACCUCCUCGGAGGUGAGUCCCGAUGGACGCGCCUAUCGCACCGAGACGCUGGCCAAAACAGAUGGUGUUGAGAAGCUGAAUGGUGGCGGCACUGCCGAGUUCAAGGGUCGCAAUGAGCAGCGCUCGAGCGCUUCCCAUCAGGGCGACGACAAGAACUAUGUAAAGCAGGCGGCCGAGAGCUCCAAUACGCAUCUCCAGGAGAAGGUUGUCUAUGGCGAUGAGAGUGCCGGCGGACGCACCGAAACGAAGAUGAGCUCCACCACCUCCUCGUCGAGCUCCAAGUUUGUCUCAUCCUCCACUGUCGAGUAUGGGGAUGAUGAUGCCGCUCAGCCACGCUAUCUGCUGGACAGCCAGACGACAAAUCGUCAGCAGCAGCAGCAACAGCAGCGAGAGCAGCGGGAGCAGCGGGAACAGCGUGAGGUGCGGGAGCAGCGUGAGGUGCGCGAGCGCGAGGAGCAGCGCGUGCAGGAGCAGCGUCUGCAGCAACAGCGCGAGGAACGCUACUCGGAGAGCCGGGAGCAAUCGAAGAGCACUCGCAACGUGGAGACACAGCAGCAUUACGAGGAGAACAAACACUAUGUGGACAUGGACAAGGCAUCGCCGGAAUAUCAGCGUCAUGUGCAGCAUCUGAUGUCGCAGCCAGGCGAGAUUAUCUCCAAUACGGUUGAGUAUCCCAAGCCCAAUGUCAAGAUGAUUACCACGGUGAAGCGUCUGCCCGACGGCACCAUUGUCAAGAACAAGCGCUACGAGACCGAGCAAGUGACUCCCAGCGCGGAGACGACGCGCCAAACCCAAACCCAGACCCAGACCCACAAUCAGUCACAGGUAAAUAAUCAGCGUCGCACACAGGAUGUGCACCACCAGCAUCAGCAGACCCACAGCCGUGGCGAGCCGCGCGAUGUGGUGGACAAUGCGGAACCGUUGCGCCGGCCCGCCGAGGCCGAGGAGCUCAUCAAGCAGGAGAGCUAUUCGUCGGUCAAGAAGUCCAGUCGUCGCUUCUCCACUGAAACGACAUCGGAGACCGUCGAGGAGUACGACGAUCGUGCGCCCAAUCAGCCUGCACAGCAGCUGAAGGCGCCGUCUCCGGCACGCCAGGAUUACAGCAUGCACGGCUUUCCCAGCAAGCCAAUUCAGGAGUUUCCCAAUCAGCGUCCGACAACGCCCAGCCGUCAGCCGGCGAGCGAUUUCUCCACGCACGGCUUUCCCUCGGUGCGCGGCAACAAGCCCACCCAGGAGUUUCCCAAUCAGCGACCCACCACCGAGGAGGUCGUAGUGGUCAAGUCCGAGAAGAGUCGCAAUGUCAAGCAGAGCAGCAGCUCGCAGCGCACCGUCGAGACGGAGUACGUCGACGAAGGGCAUGCGCCCUUGCCGGUGGCGGCUGGACCAACAGGCACGCCCAGCUGGGAACAGCCGGCCAGUCCGCGACGGGCACCCGUCGAGGAUUUCAGCACGCACGGUUUUCCCUCGGUGCGCAGCUCACGGCCCGAUCAGCCCGAUGCCGAGGUAGUGCAUCAGACCAGCACGAGCGCCGUUAGCCGCAAAUCGGAGCGCAUCAUCGAGACCCAGUUGGAGCAGGACGAUCUGGAGCCGGAGCCGCUGCAGCAGCAGCGUCGUCGUCCACAGCCGCUGAACGCCCAGCCGCCGGCCAGUCCGCGUCGCACGCAGCCGCGCGACGAUUACACAGGUAACCAGGGUGGUUAUCCCGCGGCUCGGUCGCCCACACGCGCGCCGGCCAGCAAGUCGCCGCCGCGCAGACCGAGCGCCGGCAUACGCACGCCCACACGGAACGCGCCGGAGUCGACAACAACAACCACAACAACAACCACGGUGACACGUCGCCAGCUGCAGAAGGAGCGCGAGGUGGAUGCAGCGCAUCGUGCGUUUGCCGCCUCGCUGCGCAGCAGCUCGCCGGCGGAGAGCGUCGGCUCGACCGGGUCGCAUCAUCAGCAUCAUCCGCAUUAUUCGCAUCCGACACAUGGGCGUCGCGAUAGCGGCCAAACGGAGCAACAGCGUCAAACGCCACGGUCGAGCAUCUCGUCGAGCCGCACAUUUAGGCGCGACGGACGCGAGGGCUCACACGACAGCCAUGCGCCGUCCGAGUCCAGUCGCAUCAGCUCGACGACGGUGACACGCCAUGUGGGCGUGCCCACUACCAAGAGCGUGGGUAAAACACUCGUUACCAAGCAGCAGCAGCAGCAACAAGCUGUUGUGAAGACCCGUAACGUUCAAGGUUCUAACGAAACAAUCGAUCUUAUGCCGCAGCGUUCGCCCAAAUCGCCAGCAGCAACGAAAUCCACAACAACAACGACCACAACCACAAUUGGCAAUAAGCCAACAACCGCCGGAUCAGCAUCCCCAGCCGUCACACCCACAACCCCAACAACCCCGAUAACCCCGACAAAGCCCACAGCCGCAGCUCCAACAGCUCCAACAGUUCCAACAGUUCCAGCCGUUAUUCCUACAGCUCCGCGCAAUCUGCCAGCUAGCGAGACGCCAAUUGUGUCAGAUAACCAAUCACAGUAUACGUAUGCUACUACUAAGCCAGCCGAUAUAUUCUCUUUGCCACCUACUCCUACAACACCUACCAUUAACAACAACAACAACAACAACAACAACAAGAACAACAACAACGCAACACUAACAAUCAACAACCAGAACCAGAACCAGAACCAGAACCCUUCCAUCGAAGACAAGCCCAACGAAUUGUUAACUAAAACCAAGCUGAGCUCAAAUGAGGCAACCACAUCCAAUCCAUCUGGCGGCGUGCUUGAGCCAACCUGUGUGCGUCGACACUAUUACAAGCUGGGUCCGGCCGCCGAUGCGGAUGCGGAUGCGGAUGCGGGUCAAUCCGCGGCUAAAACCGAAGCGGCCAGCAUUGCCAAGGCGGUGACAAGUACUGAAACCGUUGGUAAGGCCCAAAAAGCAACAACAGCAACAACAACUUAAAAUCUAAAUCAAAUAAAACACAAACCACAAAUCGAGCAAGCAACUAUUACUUCUACUUCUUCUACUUGCAACCAAACACCGUUUUUUUUUUUUUUAAUAUAGAGAAAAAUUAUUUUUUGAAACUAUCUUUACUACACGUAAUAUUUUAAACAUAUUUUUUUGGAACUUUGCUAAUAAAAACUGUUUUACAAAAUACCA